UCAGUUCAGUGGAGACAAAUUUCUAUUUUGCUUCUUAAAGACUUCUCAUUUCUGAUGAGAAGUCGGAUAAAGUUACAUAAAACUCUGUGUUCUUUCUGUUCUUCCUAUUAUGACUUCCCUGUUUAGUUCCAAGUUAUUUUCACUUCUUUGUAACAGGAAUCAUUGUGAUCACAUUGUGACAAUUGAUCCAUGAGAGUAGUCUAACUGAGUGUGUGCAGUUGAGCCUGUUUUAAGACAGAACUUUCUUCAGAUUUUUGUAAGAACUGCACUGAGUAGAAAAUGCCAGGCCUAGAUUGCAGGAAAGUGCAGACCUGAGUAGCAAACCUACAAAGAUCUGGGGUUUGCAGUGGUCUUCCACCUUCUACACUUUUGCAUCCUUGAGCGCUUGUUUUCAGUGAAGUGAAGCACAGAGAGGAAGAAAAACGAUUUUAGCUUCAAAAACUGAACUAAAAGACACAGAAUCUGUUCAAAAUUAAGGUCGACUUUCAGAAUGAAGGUGAUUGUGUUGUUUGUGUUUGUGCUGGGUGCACUCUCUGCAGCAGGGGAAGUUUUCCUUGCAAAUGUUGGGGGUAAAGUCACAUUGAACUGUGGAGUCAACAGCUACAGAAACUCUCUGACAUGGCAUCAUGGAAAUGACUUUCUUCAUAGUAUUUAUCAGAGAGGCUUCCCUCGCAAAGGCAGUGUUGAACUUGCACAGAGGUCAGUCGUGAGACAGACGAACCUGGAAAUCUCCAGUGUGAGAGAAACAGAUGCUGGACAGUUCACAUGUUCGGCAGAUUGGACACGUCAUGAACAUUCACUUCUUGUGUUCUCAGUUUCGGUCUCUGUGACUCCCUCUGCUGUUCUCAAACUGUGUGAUGAGGCAACGCUCCACUGUGAGGUGAAACAUCUGCUAAAAGGUUGUGAAGUGAAGUGGAAGAGCCCAAAUGCUGAUUCACCUGAAUGGCCAUCAACAGUUCAACUCAAAUCUGUAACAAGCUCACAUAAUGGGACCUGGGAGUGUAUCAUCACCUGUGAUGGCAAACAACUGAAGCCUCCAACUUCAACAACUCAACCAUCCACCCGAAAGAACAUCACAUUAUUUGUAACGAGUGUUCAGAAGACAACAUGUACAACAUGUACAACAUGUACAACAUGUACUGCCGACGAUUGCCCACUGGGACUCUCCUGUUGGAUGUGGAUUGCAAUGGGGGUGUGCUGCCAGUUUGGGAUGUUCCUGAUAGUUUGUGUCACAGUCUUGUGUAAGUGCAUGAGUGGAAGGAUGGUAUGUGAGGAAAGGCGUUCAUCAAGUAUUUAUGUAUAGUGUUGAUAGCUGUGGUUACAGAUUAUGUUGGUCUAACCUCUUCGCCGAAUGUGUAACUGAUCAGAUUCAUAGUUUCACUACACGAAGUCUAACUGAGUGUCUCGGAUUAUCUAUUACACUCUUCAGUAAAUCAGUAGAUGUACAGAUGAAGUAUUUGUUUUGUUUCCUGGGCUUUGCUGAGUAAAACCGAGAACCACCUGAAAUCUCUCAGACAUCUGUUCAGGCUUUUCUCCCAAAUUACACUUUAUUGCCAAAAGUAUUUAUUCGUCUGCCUCCAAACGCACAUGAACUUGAGUGACACCCCAUUUUUAAUCCACAGGAUUUAAUAUAAUGUAGGGUCAACUUUUUCAGUUAUAACAGCUAUAAUUCUUCUAGGAAGACUUUCCACAAAGUUUUGGAGUGUGUUUAUGGGAAUUCUUGACUGUUCUUCCAGAAGCACAGUUGUGAGAUCAAACACUGAGAUGAGAAGGCCUGGUUUGCAGUCUCUGCUCUAAUUCAUCCUAAAGAUGUUCUGUUCAAAAGUUCUUCCUUACCACAGUCGCUCAUCCAUGUCUUUAUAGACCUUGCUUUGUGCUGUCUUGUAGAGGAACAGGAAGAGGCCAUCCUCAAACUGUUCACACAAAGUUGGCAGCAUGGAGUUCUCCAAAAUGUCUUGGUAUGCUGAAGCAGUAACAAUUCCUCUUACUGGAGCGACCAAGCUCUACUCCAGAACAACAAUCCCACACAAUAAUCCCCUCUACACCAAACUUUACAGUAAGUCCAAUGCAGUCAGACAAGUACCGUUCCCCUGGCAACCUUUAAACCAGACUCAUCCACUGGAUUGCCAGAUGGAGAAGUAUGAUUUGUCACUCCACAAAUCAUCUAUCCACUGCUCAAGAGUCCAGCGGUGGCAUGCUUUAAACCACUGCAUGUGAUGUUUUGCAUUGUCUUUGUUGAUGUGAGGCUUGGAUGCAGCUGCUUGGUUGUGUAAAGCCCAUCCCAUGAAGCUCCCUGUGCACUGUUCUUGAGCUAAUCGUAAGACCUGAAGUUUGGAGGUCUGUUGCGAUUGACUCUGCAGAAAGUUGGAGACUCUGCACACUAUGAAGCUCGGCAUCCGCUGACCCUACCCUGUGAUUUUACACAACCUAUCACUUUAUAGCUGCAUUCCCGAUCGCUUCCACUUUGUUAUAAUGCCACUAACAGCUGAUUGUGGAAUAUUUAGUAACAACAACAUUUCACAACUGGAUUUGUUGCAAGAUGGCAUCCUAUCAUGGCACCACACUGGAAUUCAAUGAGCUCCUGAAAGCGACUCGUUGUUUAACAAAAGUUUGUAGAAGAGGUCUGAAUGCCUACGUGGCUUAUUUUAUACGCCUGUGGCCAGAGAAGUGACUAGAACACCUUGUUCUACUGAUGUCAGUGCUCUAAUGGCAGCCAAACAUUAGAGCGACUUUGUUGUAGCUUCACUCUUUGUGCUAACUCUGACUGUUGGUUUCCACUGCCAUCAGUAGUCACCUUCAGUCCCCUCCUCGACCUGUUAGAGUGAGGAGAUAACAACUAAUGUGUUUUACAGAAAGAAAAGAAAGCACCAAAACAACUUGUUUUCCUUUGGUUUGGAGAUCGUGAUUUUUCAAUGAUUCAUGUUUCGUUUUAUUUUACUUAAAAAAAAAAAACUUUGUUACUUCUGUUG